CAGAUAUUGACACACCACCUAGUCAUGUGAUAUUUACAUCUCCAUCUAAAAUUAGAGGAAUAUCUAAUGCAAAUCAGCUUCUAUUACAACUAUUACAACAACCCAGUUCACAACUACCAUUACAAUUAGCUUCACAAAUGCUUUCGCAAACAUCCUUACAAAUACCCUCCCAAACAUCCUUACAAAUGCCCUCGCAAACACCUUUACAAAU